GAACAUUCCAGAACUCUCACAAGUUUCUAGAGCCCUUUAUUCAACACAUAUUUAUUGAACACCUACUGGUGCCAGGCAUGUAUGUUCCAGGUCUUGGGAUCCAUUGGUGAACAAAACAAAGAUUCCUAGCUUCAUGGAGCUUGUGAUCUAGCAGAGGGAAACAGAUUAUGAAUAAUAUGCAAAUUAUGAAAUGAAUAAUAUGCUGUUACAAGGUGAUAAGUGCUUUGGGAAAAAAAAGCAGUUGAACAGACGAUCAAAAGUGCCCCCAAGACCCAGUGGGAGGGCAGGUGGUCUCCGAGCUCAUUACCAACAGAAAGGAGAACAUUCCUCUCACGUUUUCCGAAGACUGUCUUUACCUGAAUAUUUACACUCCUGCUGACUUGAGGGAGAACAGCAGGCUGCCGGUGAUGGUGUGGAUCUACGGAGGUGGUCUGGUGCUGGGCGGGGCCUCAACCUAUGAUGGCCUGGCCCUCUCUGCCCGUGAGAACGUGGUGGUGGUGACCAUUCAGUACCGUCUGGGCAUCUGGGGAUUCUUCAGCACAGGGGACGAACACAGCCGCGGGAACUGGGGUCACUUGGACCAGGUGGCCGCACUGCGCUGGGUCCAGGACAACAUCGCCAACUUUGGAGGGAACCCAGGCUCUGUGACCAUCUUUGGAGAGUCAGCGGGAGGCGAAAGUGUCUCUGUUCUUGUUUUAUCUCCUCUGGCCAAGAACCUCUUCCACCAGGCCAUUUCUGAGAGUGGUGUGGCCCUCACUUAUGCUCUGCUCAAGAAGGACAACAUCAAGCUCCUGGCAGAGCAAGUUGCUGUCUCUGCUGGGUGUAAAACCACCACCUCGGCUGUCAUGGUUCACUGCCUGCGCCAGAAGACAGAGGAGGAGCUCUUGGAGGCCACACUGAAAAUGAAAUUUUUUACUAUUGAUUUCCUUGGAGACCCCAGAAAGGGUCACCCCUUCCUGCCCACCGUGGUGGAUGGAGUCGUGCUGCCCAAAUCCCCUGAGGAGAUCCUGGCUGAGAAGAGUUUCAACACUGUCCCCUACAUUGUUGGCAUCAACAAGCAAGAGUUUGGCUGGAUCCUUCCAACGUUGAUGGGCUAUCCGCUUUCUGAAGGCAAAUUGGACCAGAGGACGGCCACGUCACUCUUGUGGAAGUCCUACCCUGUUACUGGCAUCCCUGAGGAGCUGACUUUGGUAGCUAUCAAGGAAUAUUUAGGAGGAACAGAUGACCCUGUCAAAAAGAAAGACCGGUUCCUGGACUUAAUGGCAGAUGUCAUGUUUGGUGUCCCAUCUGUGAUCGUGGCCCGGCAACAUAGAGAUUCCGGAGCCCCCACCUACAUGUAUGAGUUUCGGUAUCGCCCGAGCUUCUCAUCAGACAUGAAACCCGAGACAGUGAGAGGGGACCACGCGGAUGAGAUCUUCUCUGUCUUCGGAGCCCCAUUUUUAAAAGAGGGUGCUUCAGACGAGGAGAUCCAACUUAGCAAGACGGUGAUGAAAUUCUGGGCCAACUUUGCUCGGAAUGGGAACCCCAAUGGGGAGGGGCUGCCCCAUUGGCCAGAAUACGACAAGAAGGAAGGGUACCUGCAGAUUGAUGUCCCCAUCCAGGAAGCCCAGAAGCUGAAGGACAAGGAAGUGGAUUUCUGGACCAAGCUCCUGGACACAGAUGCAGCAGAGAAGGCACCACAGAAAGGACACACUGAGCUCUGAACGGGAGGCCCCGCCAGCCUCUGGAGCCUGGAGGAGCCAAGACAGGGCUAUUCUAAAGAAGGUGAUCAUGGGUCAGAGAGCAUUGCUUUGUGGGGGCGGGAGAUUUGUCUGCUGGGAGUGGCCACAGGCCAGGGAGGGGCAUUUGUUGCACUUGGGGCCUCAAUUAUGGGAAUAAAUGUUCUUUUGAAAGCCAAA